AUGGCUACUACUAGAACUUCCAUUGAGAUACCUCUUCAAGAGCUGCCUGCGCCUGAGUCGUUACAACCGAAGUACACGCAAGGCGUGACUGUGGUGGAACAAAAUGCAGAAUCGCGAUCUCGGGAAUCACAGCUGGCUCUGAGUGAUGAGAGCGGCUUCAAAGCCUGGCUCUCUGUCGUUGGGGCUUUCCUGUUCUUAUUCCCAAGUUAUGGCUUCAUGCAGACGAUCGGCACAGUGCAGUCAUAUCUGGAACUAAAUCAACUUUCGGCGUAUACCUCUCGAGAUAUAGGCUGGAUCACUGGUGUCUUCACCUCUCUGGCAUUGUUUCUGGGCAUCCAGAUUGGACCAAUCCUCGACACCUAUGGCCCGAGAGUUCUUGGCUGGGUCGGCUGUGCCAUAUACAUCCCAGUCUUCUUCGUACUAGCUGAAUGUCAGACUUACUGGCAUUUUAUGCUCGUGCUUGGGAUCUGGGGCGCCGUCGGAGCUGCUAUCAUCUCAAUAGUUGGCGUCGCUGUUGUGGGAAAAUGGUUUGUUCGCCGCCGCGGUUUGGCGAUGGGUGUGGCUCUCUGUGGGUCGAGUAUCGGUGGUGUAGUCAUGCCACUCAUGCUCCGAGAACUUCUCCCCCGGCUUGGUUGGGCAUGGUCGAUCAGGAUUCUCGCCUUCCUCAUAAUGGGUGUAACAAUCGGUGGUGUGCUCUGCAUGCAACAGCUACCUUCGCAGCCAUUGGCUCCACAGCGGAGGAAAAGAGUGACUUUGAAUUUCGGAGCUUUGACAAGUGGUACCUUUACCUUUGUUACCAUUGGACUGUCCGCUCUCGAGUUUGCCAUCUUUGGAGUGUUCUCGUUGCUUCCAACCUAUGCCAUCGCAGCCAAUUUCAGCGCAGAUACGGGCUUUCUCCUGGUUGCCAUCGCCAACGCGACAUCGACCGCCGGUCGUGUACUACCAGGCUUGGCUGGGGAUCAUUUUGGUCACUUCAAUGUUCUGCUCUGCAUGAUUCUUUUUACGGCCACUUUCACUGCUGCAAUCCUAGUUCCAUAUGGCGCAUCGUCGCUCAGCGCACUGUAUGCUUUUGCUGCGCUCUGGGGAUUUGGCAGUGGCUCAUUCAUCUCAUUAACACCAGUAUGUAUGGGCAAGACUUGUGAGACCGACGACUACGGAAGAUACUUUGGUAUGUCUAACUACCGUCUCCUUUCUUCACGGCCCCAUACUGACUAA